GCAUCUGCUGAAUUCACGUCUGCAGGAUGUGAGCUGUCGACAUUACCUGUUAAUCAUCGUAAAUCUGGCGAGUUGACACCGAAUCGCAAUAGUACAUAUCUUGAGAAGUUAUGCCUCCCGUCUGCAUUAGCCGAAAAGACCAGGAAAAUAUGGCCGGUGGUAAGCAAUCAUAUUUUGGUAGGUCACGUUAUUGAGGUGACCGACGCACCGUCGUUGACCGACUGUGUCAUCGCAUGUCUGCGUGCUGAGGAAGAAUUUGGAUUUGCUUGCAAAUCAGCUAUGUGGUAUCCAAAUGAUGAAGAUCAGAAUUGCUUAUUGAACUCCGAAAGUCGAGAUACCCAACCAGAUGUAUUCGUCGCGGAAGAUCCAGAUGUGGAGAUGAUUUAUUUAGACGUUCCACGUGACAAUUCUGACACUCUCGCCGACUCAAAGCCAACACGACUUCGAGUGAGUUUUUCUCUUCUCACCUGUCUAGAUGAUCCAUUGAAUCAUGCGAAAUCAUUGCAAUACACAAUGUGGUCGUCAUGUGCUAACAAUGCAACACAAAUGCGACAUCGUUACUUGAAAUGCAAAGAUCGUAAAGACGUGCGUAAAUGCCCGAAAGAAACAGUCAUGUGCAGGCAUCCAGUCAUUUUUUCAGCACCACAAGCGUUGGCAAACUCCGAAUGUAUUGCCGUUCGUGAUUCGCUAGGCAGGCGAAGAUGUCCACACGGUAUUCGUAUACUUGCAGAUGGUCGGAAUGCGUACUGCAAGAAUCCAAUCGAUUGUGAAUAG